GCAGAAUGGAAGAGCUGAGGGACAGUCGGCCCAAUAUGUCAAGACCUCUGAUCACUAGGUCCCCUGCAUCUCCUUUGAACAAUCAAGGCAUCCCCACACCAGCACAACUCACAAAAUCCAAUGCACCGGUUCAUAUUGAUGUGGGUGGGCACAUGUACACCAGCAGCUUGGCCACACUAACUAAAUAUCCUGAAUCAAGAAUUGGGAGGUUAUUUGAUGGCACAGAGCCCAUUGUUUUGGAUAGCCUGAAGCAGCACUACUUCAUCGACAGAGAUGGCCAAAUGUUCAGAUAUAUUUUGAAUUUUCUACGAACUUCAAAGUUACUCAUACCGGAUGAUUUCAAGGAUUACAGUUUGUUAUAUGAAGAAGCAAAGUAUUUUCAGCUUCAGCCCAUGUUAGGGGAAAUGGAAAGAUGGAAACAGGAUCGGGAGACAGGCCGGUUUUCGAAAUCUUGUGAGUGCUUGGUUGUACGUGUUGCUCCGGAUCUUGGAGAAAGAAUUACUUUAAGUGGAGAUAAAUCUUUAAUAGAAGAGGUUUUCCCAGAAAUUGGUGACGUGAUGUGCAAUUCAGUCAAUGCAGGUUGGAAUCAUGACUCAACGCAUGUCAUCAGAUUUCCAUUAAAUGGAUAUUGUCACCUCAAUUCAGUUCAGGUACUUGAGAGAUUGCAACAAAGAGGAUUUGAAAUUGUUGGCUCGUGUGGAGGAGGAGUGGACUCUUCCCAAUUCAGUGAAUAUGUACUUAAGCGAGAACUCAGAAGGACAUCUCGUUCAUCCUCGGUCAUUCGAAUAAAACAAGAACCUCUGGACUAAGACACUUUUUCUUAUGCAACACCAGGGGAACCUUUUUCAUGUGCAGUUGGGACAUCAAACAGCUUUAGAAUGAAAAGUUGAAUAAAGACAUGUUUAUAUAAAAUAUAGAGACCAUGCCUGUAUUCAAAUGAGAGCAUUUGGAAUAGUAAUAAUUUCAACAUGUAAAAUAUGUAUAUGUGAAAUAUUAGGUUUGCAAAAGAAAAUAAAAAUGGGUAAGUGAGGUUGGUGCUGUGAUGGCCAUUAAGUCUGCUAGGCCUUAGUAAGGCCUGAUUGACUGUGAAGAAGCCAUUGCCAUUACUAGAAGCUAACGUUUUCUGUUUUCCAUUAUUAAAUGGCAGUCUGCUUUUCAGUGUAUACACCUUGAAUCAAGUUUACAGAUGCCUGCUUCGGAAGUCACUGAACAGAAUUCCAGAAGAGUUUUCUUCAUCCAUUGCAAAAGAAAAGGUCAUAAACAAGGAUUUACAAUGUAGCUUGUACAGAAGUCAUACACUUCUGCCCACCUGACAGAUGUGAACAUUUUUCCCUCUUUCUAAAAAGGAUCUAGAAUUUAUUAUUAUGUAGUAGAGUGGCCCUUGUUUGAAUCUAAUGAAUUCAAAAGUGUUUUUUUUAACUUGAUAAUAAAUGAAGUACAAUAAAUUCACUGAAAAGGUACUAUUAAAAUCAGCAUUAAACAACGAUAUUUUUUUAAAAAAUAAAUUUAACUCACUGCGUUUUAUGCAUUUACAAGCUGCAAUGCGAUACACACUUAUCUGAGAAUCAGUCUUAACUGAUCUCAUGAGAUACAUAUAGAA